AUGGCUGUCCGCAAACUGACGUAUGCACCCAAUGAACCAGGCCAACAGCCAUCGGCUGAAUUAUCACGAGACUUUCUUAUGAGUGUUGGUAGUCUUCGAGUGGAAGCGACGCUAGACAAAAAUAAAUAUUUUCAUGGAGAGAAAAUCUUUGUCAACUUACUUGUAGAUAAUAAUUCGAAUAAAACAAUCAAACGUAUCAAGCUCUCAGUUCGACAGUAUACUCAAAUCUAUGUUCAAAGUCCAAUUCACUUCAAAUGCUCCGUUGAUGAGAUUCAGUCAGAGGAACGCUUUCCUAUUUUACCCAGUCAAACUGGUUGGUGUAAAGUCUAUCGUCUUUGCCCAUCUUUAACGCACAAUCGGGACAAGAUCGGUAUUGCAAUGGAUGGUGAUUUAAAACAAGAAGAUACCAACUUAGCCUCAUCAACAAUAAUAACUUGUGGUAAACUUUCCAACUUCACCAAAUGUAAUCCCGUCCUUAUAACUCCAGUUACCAACAUCAACAGUAACACCAGCCAAGAUGAUUCUGCAAAACAGACCAACUCAAAAACUCCUCAAAAUACAACUGUUUCCAUAAAUAUUCAAACAUUGAACAAGUCAGUUAAACGUAGACGUCAUCAUAAACUUGAUUCUAAACAGUCGAAAACAAAAUCCAAUUGGGGUAUUAUUAAUAUCCCGCCAACAUGUGAAAAUAUACAUUCAUCAAAUGUCUUGAUUGAGUUAAACAAAUCAUCAUUGAACAAUGUUACAAUGGAGGAUGGAAAAAAGAAUGGCUGUUCUACUGCUAAUGAUAAUCAUCAAAAUCACCAUAAUUAUUGUUAUUAUUACUAUUACUAUUAUUGUUAUCAUUAUUAUUAUUCACUUCAAAAAGUUCCAUAUUACAAAUCUUUAUGGAAUGAAAAGAUAUUCGAUGUUAAGACAAAAGAUGCUGAUGUGGUAAGUGCUAAGGUGCUGUUAUUUUUGUUUUAUUUAACUGGAGUUAUAAUUUCAUUGACAAUAUAUAAUUUACAGUGUAUUUUGAGGAAGUCUCCGUUGUCACAAUCUGACAUAGUCGAUGGGGGUACUGGGAAAGUCCGAUGA